AUGAAUAUUUUUAGUAUUUUUUUGUUUGCAAUCAUAAAAAAAAUAACCUCAUUCAAGGCUUUUUCAUAAAAAAGUAAGGAUUAUGAAGUUAUGAUUGCAAUGGCGUAAAUAUAUUCAAUCAAUUUAGAUUUUUCUUUUUUUAAUUCAUUCAUUCUAAUAGUAAAAGAAUAAUGUUAUGA